UGCACCAAAGUACUUCCCGCCUACAUUCCCAACGUCGAACUGUGAUUUUUAAACGACUGAAUACUAUAUAGAAAUUUUAAAGUGGCAGACGUCUUUAUCUUUGUCUUUUAUAAUGAUUGUUGGUAGUGUGCUUAUUACUGGUGCUAACAGAGGCAUUGGCUUAGAGUUUGUAAAACAACUCCUAGCAUUACCGAAACCACCGCAGUUUUUAUUUGCUACAUGUCGGAAUCCUAGCAAAGCAGAUGAUUUGCAGCAAAUUGCCAAGUCAAAUUUAAAUGUCAAAAUAAUCAAACUUGAUGUGAAAGAUUAUGACAGCUUCCCAUCAGUUUGUGAACAGGUAGCUCAAGAAGUCGGAGAAAGUGGCCUUAAUUUAUUGAUAAAUAAUGCUGGUGUGAUGUUUGGUGAUUCUUUGGAUAAAGUUUCUAAAGAAACCAUGAUGGAGAACUUUGAAGUUAAUGUAGUUAGCCCAUUGCUUUUAACAAAGGAAUUAUUGCCUUUAUUAAAAGCAGCAGCUACAAAAGGUAAUACCAGUAGUUUGUCAUGUUCUAAAGCAGGUGUUGUGAAUAUAACUUCAAAAAUGGGUUCCAUUGAUGAUAAUACAAGUGGAGGUUGUUAUCCAUACAGAACUAGUAAGACAGCUUUGAAUAUGGUUACAAAAUCAUUAUCUGUUGAUUUGAAACCAAGUGGAGUAUUAGCUUUUGGAUUACAUCCUGGAUGGGUGCAAACUGACAUGGGAGGAAGCAAUGCUCUGAUUACACCUCAAACAAGUGUUAAUGGAAUGUUGAAUACCAUUUUGAAUGCAAGUGCUGAACAUUGUGGAUUGAUGCUGAACUACGAUGGAAAACGAAUUCCCUGGUAAACAGAAUGAUUUCUGCCUCAUGAUUAUUUGAAAAAUAUUCUUGUUAUAUGAUGUAAUUUUAUUGACAUUUUUUGUUUGGAAAGGAAAUGUAAUUGUUAAAGAUUUUUUUCAUGAAUUAAAUAUGAAGUGAUUGUUUGUAAAAUCAUAAUAAUAAUAAAUUUUGCAUAUUUUGAAUAUUUA